AUGGCCGAAGCAGUCCCUAUCCCCGAGCCUCCUGGCCUGCCUUUGAUUGGCAACCUCGGCGAAUUCACGACCACUCCAUUGCAAGAUAUUAAACGAUUAGCAGAAACAUAUGGUGAAAUCUUCAGACUUCACUUGGGCACUCGGCCCAUCGUCUUCUGCUCUACAAAUGCGCUUGUCAACGAGCUGUGUGAUGAGAAGCGGUUUCACAAGUCUUUGCAAUCAUCUUUAAGAAUUGUUCGAGAAGGCAUCCAUGACGGCCUAUUCACUGCCCACGAUGAUGAGCCCAAUUGGGGCAAGGCACACCGAGUUCUUAUUUCAGCUUUCGGCCCUCUUUCAAUUCGAGGAAUGUUCGACGAAAUGCACGACAUUGCCACUCAGCUCUGCAUGAAGUUUGCUCGCCACGGCUCUCAGUGCUCCAUCAACACCUCGGAUGAUUUCACUCGUCUGGCCCUCGACACCUUGGCUUUAUGUGCCAUGGACUUCCGUUUCAACUCAUACUACAGUCAAGAGAUGCACCCGUUUGUUAAAGCCAUGAGCGACUUUCUUACCGAGGCUGGCCGUCGCAACAAACGGCCCGCAUUUGCCCCAAACUUUCUCUAUCGAGCCGCAAACGAGAAGUUUUACGACGAUAUUGCAAUUAUGAGAAAAACAGCCGACGACGUUGUAGCCAACCGAAAGAAGAACCCUAGCGACAGAAAAGAUCUUCUGAAUGCCAUGUUGAAUGGCGUCGACCCUACCACGCGUGAGAAGCUGAGCGACGACAACAUCACUGACCAGCUCAUUACCUUCCUUAUCGCUGGUCAUGAGACGACCUCCGGCUUGCUUUCGUUUGCCUUCUACUACUUGUUGAAGAACCCAUCUACAUAUCAGAAGGUCCAGCAAGAAGUUGAUCAAGUGAUUGGCCGUGAGCAGAUCAAGGUCGAUCACCUCACCAAACUGCCAUAUGUUGCCUCGGUACUGAGAGAAACUUUGCGACUUAGCUCUGGUAUUCCUGGCUUUUCCGUCGAAGCAUACGAAGACACCCUGCUCGCGGGCAAGUUCCUAGUCCGUAAAGGCGAACCUGUCACUGCACUUUUGACCAAAGCGCAUGUCGACCCUGUCGUCUUUGGCGAAGAUGCCAUGGAAUUUAAGCCUGAACGUCUGUCUGACGAAAACUUUGACCGUCUGAGUAAGGAGUUCCCAAACUGCUGGAAACCUUUUGGCAACGGAAAGCGUGCUUGUAUUGGUCGACCGUUCGCUUGGCAAGAAGCCUUGCUAUCUAUGGCUAUGCUUUUCCAAAACUUCAAUUUUACCAUGGCCGAUCCGAGCUACCACCUCGAAAUUCAAGAAACCUUGACUAUUAAGCCAAAGGGUUUCUACAUGCGAGCCAGCCUGCGACAUGAUAUGACGCCGACGGAGCUUGAACAAGCGCUUGCCGGCAAGGCUGGUGAGACAACGCACCACGACGACGCCGGAAACGCAAAACUAAACGGGAUUCCUACUCAGGGCAAGCCGCUGGCUGUUUUCUACGGUUCAAAUAGUGGAACUUGCGAAGCCUUGGCUCAGCGCGUGGCUGCAGAUGCACCUCGUCAUGGCUUCAGGGCUACCACUGUCGCACCUCUGGAUGAUGCGAACCAAAAGGUCCCCAAGGACCGCCCAGUUAUCAUUAUAACGGCUUCUUAUGAGGGUCAGCCGCCGUCCAAUGCCGCUCUCUUUGUUGCUUGGAUUGAAAGCCUCAAGGGUAAGGAGAUGAACAAUGUGUCGUACACGGUAUUUGGGUGUGGACAUCACGACUGGGCUCAGACAUUCCAUCGAAUACCCAAGCUUGUUGACAGUACGCUGGAGGUGCUCGGCGGGAACCGGAUUCUUCCUCUAGCUACAACCGAUGCUGCUGAACGAGACAUGUUCGGUGAUUUCGAGGCUUGGGAGGAUGACUCCCUCUGGCCCGCACUCCAAGAGAAAUACGAAGUCGAGGAUAGUGCCGAUGCUACAGGUGAUACUCUUUCAGUAGAGAUAUCGGUGCCGCGAAAGACGACUCUGAGACAAGAUGUCGAGGAGGCCAUUGUCAUUUCGACAAAGACGCUAACCAACUCUGGCUCCGUCAAGAAGCAUAUUGAAAUACAGCUGCCCACUGGUAUGACGUACCGCGCGGGUGAUUACCUGGCCGUCCUUCCUUUCAACCCCAAGAGCACCGUCUCGCGUGUCUUUAAGAGAUUUCAGCUGUCGUGGGAUGCUAUGCUUAAGAUUCACUCGGAUCGGCCUACUAGUCUUCCAACCGAGGCCGCUGUAUCAGCUGCAGAUGUUCUUGGAGCCUACGUCGAACUUAGCCAGCCAGCAACCAAGAGAAACCUCCAAACGCUUGUACAGGCUACUCAAGAUAAGAAAACCAUGGAGAAACUUCAGAAAGUCGCCGGUGAUGAUUACCAAGUUGAGAUUACCAACAAGCGAACAUCAAUUCUUGACCUCCUGGAGAAAUUUUCUGCCAUCAGUCUUCCAUUCGCGUCAUUUUUGGCCAUGUUACCACCUAUGCGUGUCCGCCAGUACUCCAUCUCAUCUUCCCCCUUGGCUGACGCCACCAAGCUGACCCUGACAUACGGCGUACUUGCGCAGCCUGCGCUGUCCGGCCAGGGCUCAUAUUAUGGGGUUGCCAGCAAUUUCCUCUCCUCGCUCACAGCGGGAGAACGACUUCACGUUGCUGUCAGACCCUCUCAAUCUUUCCAUCUGCCCAGCGACGCGGAAAAUACACCCCUCAUCUGCAUUGCCGCCGGGUCUGGACUUGCACCGUUUCGUGGCUUCGUACAGGAGCGUGCCGCAAUGAUUGCAGCCGGCAGAAAGGUUGCACCAGCGCUGCUCUUCUUCGGCUGCCGCUCUCCAGACCAAGAUGACCUGUACGCCGAGGAGUUUGCCAACUGGGAAAGGCUGGGUGCCGUUGAUGUCCGCCGUGCCUACUCCCGAUCACCCAGCGAUUCUAAAGACUGCAAAUACGUGCAGCACCGCUUGUCUCAUGAUUGCGAAGACAUUGACAAGUUGUGGCAAGCUGGCGCCAAAAUUUACGUUUGCGGUAGUAAAGACGUCGGCAAGGCCGUGGAAGAAGUGUUUCUUGGCAUGGUCCAAGAGGCCGGCAAGAAGGACGGGGCCAACGACAUGACUCCAGAGAAGGCGAAGGAGUGGUUCGACAAGCAGAGGAAUGAGAGAUACGUGACGGAUGUUUUUGAUUAG